AACCUGAAAUUUCCAUGACACAGAGCAGUUUGAGAUGAAGUUGGGCCGUGUCCUUCAAAGCUGGAGGCAAGGAUGUGAAUGAAGACAUUCAAAUGUUUUUUAAAAUACCUCCUGCAGCAGAAAGUGUUCCUCCUGUUUUUAACCAUAUGGCUGUUCUCCUUGCUGAAGAUUCUAAAUGUAGGGGGACUGCUCUUCCCUAAAAGAGGUAUUUACUUGGUUGAAUACUCUCUAAGUACCUCACCUUUUGUAAGAAACAGGUACACCCAUAUUAAGAAUGAAGUUGGAUAUGAAAUUAACUGCUCAGGUGUCUAUGAACAGGAACCUUUGGAAAUCGGCAAGAGUCUGGAAAUAAGAAGAAGAGACAUCAUUGACUUGGAAGAUGAUGAUGUGGUGUCAAUGACCAGUGAUUGUGACAUUUAUCAGAACCUACGAAAUUACCAUCAAAAGCUUGUUUCAAGGGAGGAAAGGAACUUUCCCAUAGCCUAUUCUUUGGUUGUUCACAAAGAUGCAAUUAUGGUUGAAAGACUCAUCCAUGCUAUAUACAACCGGCACAAUAUUUACUGCAUCCAUUAUGAUCAUAAGUCACCAACUGCCUUCAAAGUUGCCAUGAACAAUUUAGCUAAGUGCUUCUCCAAUAUUUUCAUUGCUUCCAAAUUGGAGACUGUGCAAUAUGCCCACAUUUCCAGACUCCAAGCGGAUUUAAAUUGUUUGUCAGACCUUCUCAGGUCUUCAGUUCAAUGGAAAUAUGUUAUCAACUUAUGUGGGCAAGAUUUUCCCUUGAAGUCAAACUUUGAAUUAGUGUCAGAGUUGAAGAAACUCAAUGGAGCAAAUAUGUUAGAGUCGGUGAAGCCCUCGAACAGUAAAAUGGAAAGGUUCACUUUUCACCAUGAACUCAGACAGGUGCCUUAUGAAUAUGUGAAGCUACCAAUAAGGACAAGCAUCUCCAAGGAAGCCCCCCCUCAUAACAUUGAGAUAUUUGUUGGUAGUGCUUACUUUGUUUUAAGUCGAGCAUUUAUUAAAUAUAUGUUCAACAACACCCUCGUUCAAGACUUUUUUGCCUGGUCUGAAGAUACAUACUCACCUGAUGAGCAUUUUUGGGCUACCUUAAUUCGGGUGCCUGGAGUUCCUGGGGAGAUUUCUAGGUCAGCCCAGGAUGUGUCUGACCUACAGAGUAAGACCCGCCUUGUCAAAUGGAAUUACCAUGAAGGCCUUUUCUACCCCAGUUGUACUGGCUCUCACCUCCGAAGUGUGUGUAUCUAUGGAGCAGCAGAAUUAAGGUGGCUUAUAAAAGAUGGACAUUGGUUUGCUAAUAAAUUUGAUUCUAAGGUGGACCCUGUCUUGAUCAAAUGCUUGGCAGAAAAGCUUGAAGAACAACAGAGAGAGUGGAUCAUUUUGUCUUCAGAAAAAUUAUUUAUGGAUAAAAAUCCCACAGUCACAUCAUUAUAGUAAAAUCGUGAUGGAAAUAAGGUUUAUGAAAUUGGAAUUAAUGUGAAACCACAUACAGUACCAGACCGGGUACCAUUUGAACUUAACCAUCUCAGAGUUUGAAAGGUGUCUACAAUUCCAUGCACGAUGGAAAGUGAUGUAGCCUUUGGUGAAAAGUGGCUUGCAAUGGUUGGGUUUUUUAACGUCAGUUUUUGUUUGUAAUCUCACUGAGUUAAAUCAGGGAUCUUAAAUAUUCAGUCAUCGGAUAUUUAUUAAGUUCCUACUGUGCGCUAGGCAAUUUUUUAGAAAUGUGUAGGAGUUAAAUCCAAUUUGUAACAAGUUGGACAACGCCCACCAGGAACUCUGGCUUAUACUAAUCACACAGCAUCCUUAACGUCUUAAAUUCUCUACAUAGCAAUCAGGACUCUGUUGAGGUUUUGGGCUCUGUGGUGAUUAUAAUCAGAUAACUGCACAUUUCAGAACAGAAUUGAAGUACAAUGACCAACACUCCAUUGUCUCUUAAUUCUGAUCCCUAGACUUAACUAUUAGAAUAUUAGGAGAAACCCCUCUACCUCAGAGGAGCUCAAAGAAAUGUCAAACUUCCUGCUUGCCAAGGCAUAGUUUACUUUUCAGUAUAUCAUUUAUUCAAUCCAGGGUCAGAAAGAUGCUGUUGGUGAGGCAAUUAGGGUAUGUAACUGUCAGGAGGC